UCUGAGAGUACGGUACUAGUAGGCGGCAACCUCAGACGGUUUAGCUAGCACCGGAUUCCUCAUUUCUCAGUGCACGAAGGAUCAGGCUGGCAAUUUGCAAGUCUUCAUAUUAAGAUUCUUGGCAGACGGUCUGCAGCUCCGUAGUGCACCUUUACCUAAUUUGGCAGAAGAGAAGCUGCACGGAAGUGAUUCUGCCCACCAUUUUCCAGACGCAAGACAUUCGUUUUUGCAGAGCCUGAAUCCUUUGGAGUGCCGCAAAAUGGCCCUUUCUGGAGUCGGGACCAUGGUCUGGGUCGUGGCUGUUGUCCUCUCGGCUGCAGUGAUGGUUUCAGAGGCACGUUCCCUUUUGCAAGAUCCGUGUAACCCCUGCUUCUCUGCCGACGGAAGCUCGCAGAUCUGUUGUACGGGGGGCAGGCAAUGCGGCCCGCUCACAAGCGCCGGGCUUCCCACAUGCUCGAGCGCCGGAGGGCCAUCUUGCAAUCCCUGCUAUUCCGCCGACGGGAGUUCUUCCAUAUGCUGCAACGGCCCCGACGCUCAGUGCGGCCCGCAGUUGGCCAGUGGUGCGCCGACGUGCGUGCCCGUCGUAGCGCCCAAGGUCAUCAUUGACACUGACUUCAACACGAUCGGCGACGACGGACAAGUGGUGGCCAUGGCUGCUCAGCUGUAUGCGCAGGGCGUGAUCGACAUUCUGGGCUUAACAGUCGCGACCGGCAACGCGUGGCUGGACCAGGAGCUCGUUGAGAUUCUGAAAGCCGUGGAGCGCCUUGGGAUCGCAACUAGAGUGGGCGUUUACGCAGGCGCGGCGGAGCCGUUCCCGCACACCUUCGCGAACUACACCGAAGAGGUGGCUCUUUUCGGCGACGCGAUUGAUUACGUAGGGGCGUAUGCGACCCCGCCCCCGAGCGCCAGCGAUUUGGUUCCCCCCCCGGAUGGGUUUGCGUCUGCGACGCAACCGAAAGCGAUGAACGCGGUGGACUUUAUCAUUGAGCAAGUGAAGAAGUACCCCGGAGAGGUGACGAUUCUGGAGAUCGCCCCCGCGGAGAAUGUGGCGAACGCCAUCCUGAAGGACCCCAGUAUUGUGCCGCUGGUUAAGCAGGUGGUCACACAAGGCGGCCAAAUGUAUGUGGGCGGCAACUCCUACCGCGACGUCGCCGAGUUCAACUGGUGGUUCGCGCCGGACGCCGCUCGGACGGUGCUCCGCAGCGGAAUUCCGGCCUACAUCAUCCCGCUCGACGCCACCAACAAAAUCCCCCUCACUCUAGAUACGUACACAGAGAUCGCGACGCACGAGCCGGCGACCAUAAUUACCGAGCUCUACAGGAACGCGUUCGCCGCGUUCUUUGGCCCGGGCCCCCCGCCUUAUCCGCUGUUUGUGUUUGACACGCUCGCGCUCGCGUACCUGGUGGAUCCGUCGCUGGCAACGGACGUCCGUACGCUGUACAUCUGUGAAUACGGACUUCGACGCCGAAUACGGAAAGGCGCUGGUGUACCCGGGGGAUUCCCCCGGGCCGGCGAAUGUGAAGACGUCCAAGGUGAUCUUCAGUCUGGACGUCGUCCGGUUCAACGCCCUGUACGUCGACCUGCUGACCCGCCCAGUCCCGGUGCAUUUUGCGCCAUGAUUCUUCGUUUGCUCUGAUGGUUAAAAACACUUACUGAUAGCGGUUGAAGAGUGCCGUCGUCAUCAAACCAGUGUCACGCAAUGUAAGCAGAGCAACCGGCUUAGCAAGCUUAGGAACCGACUAUUUAUGUCUACCAUGCUUUCGUUGGGAGCGAUGUCAGCGAAUCGCUCCUCCGCAGGAAUACUGUCGAAGACACAGUUUGAGUCAGUUGUAGAAAUUUGUUCGACCGAGAAGGCUGAGUUUAGCAAGAGGUGAAUCCUGAGCAACUUAAGCAUCUCAGAGCUUAGUAAUUGAGUUGAUGCAUCUGCAAAGUUCCAGGGGACAAAAAGGCAACGCUUGUUUUGUGGAUUUUGACUCAGUUGGAUACUGCAAAGUCAAAUACUGGCGCCUGAAUUCGGCGUGCAUCAGCGGAUCUCUG